CCUUCCGCGGGACGGGUGAGGGCGCUGGGUCCCUGGGCAUCGCGGGCUCGAUGUGUGUCAGCUAAUUAGCUGGUCCCACUGGAGCGGUGAGGUCGCCACUGGAUAGUGCCCCUGCCCCAUUACUAGCGAUCUGUGACCUUGGGCCAGUGACUUUACGGAGUCUUGGUUCCCUCAUCCUUAAAAUGUGGCUAAUGCCUGCCGCAGGGAACCGUUGUGAGGAUUAAGUGAGACAUGGUAUAUAAAACGACCUCCUUCUGGCAUAAACUUGAGGUGGAAGGUACCUUCAGGAUGCUUUAAGGUCUGCUAGGCAGCUUCUCAGCCUUUUCUCUCCUCUUCCCUACCAGAGGUCUCUUUGGAAGCAAUAAUGAUGACUAUAACAAGAACUUAUCUUGCUUUGCAAGAUUCUUCCGCCGGAGAAAGAGAGAGCGCGAAAGAGAGAGGAUGUCUCUCUCAGACUGGCACUUGGCGGUGAAGCUGGCUGACCAGCCACUUGCUCCAAAGUCUAUUCUUCGGUUGCCAGAGACAGAACUGGGAGAAUACUCGCUUGGGGGCUAUAGUAUUUCAUUUCUGAAGCAGCUUAUUGCUGGCAAACUCCAGGAGUCUGUUCCAGACCCUGAGCUGAUUGAUCUGAUCUACUGUGGUCGGAAGCUAAAAGAUGACCAGACACUUGACUUCUAUGGCAUUCAACCUGGGUCCACCGUCCAUGUUCUGCGAAAGUCCUGGCCCGAACCUGAUCAGAAACCAGAACCUGUGGACAAAGUGGCUGCCAUGAGAGAGUUCCGGGUGCUGCACACUGCCCUGCACAGCAGCUCCUCUUACAGGGAAGCGGUCUUUAAGAUGCUCAGCAAUAAGGAAUCUCUGGAUCAGAUCAUUGUGGCCACCCCAGGCCUCAGCAGUGACCCCAUUGCUCUUGGGGUUCUCCAGGACAAGGACCUCUUCUCUGUCUUCGCUGAUCCCAAUAUGCUUGAUACGUUGGUGCCUGCUCACCCAGCCCUCGUCAAUGCCAUUGUCCUGGUUCUGCACUCGGUAGCAGGCAGUGCCCCAAUGCCAGGGACUGACUCCUCUUCCCGGAGCAUGCCCUCCAGCUCAUACCGGGAUAUGCCAGGUGGCUUCCUGUUUGAAGGGCUCUCGGAUGAUGAGGACGACUUUCACCCAAACACCAGGUCCACACCCUCUAGCAGUACCCCCAGCUCCCGCCCAGCCUCCCUGGGGUACAGUGGAGCUGCUGGGCCCCGGCCCAUCACCCAGAGUGAGCUGGCCACCGCCCUGGCCCUGGCCAGCACUCCGGAGAGCAGCUCUCACACACCGACUCCUGGCACCCAGGGCCAUUCCUCAGGGACCUCACCAAUGUCCUCUGGUGUCCAGUCAGGGACGCCCAUCACCAAUGAUCUCUUCAGCCAAGCCCUACAGCAUGCCCUUCAGGCCUCUGGGCAGCCCAGCCUUCAGAGCCAGUGGCAGCCCCAGCUACAGCAGCUACGUGACAUGGGCAUCCAGGACGAUGAGCUGAGCCUGCGGGCCCUGCAGGCCACCGGUGGGGACAUCCAAGCAGCCCUGGAGCUCAUCUUUGCUGGAGGAGCCCCAUGAACUCCCUGCUUUCCCUGAACCCCCAGCAAGUUGCAGAGGCUGCUGCCCGUGGGAGGCACUCAUGAAGGUGCCUCCAUCUCUCCCUCCCCCAAUAUACCUAUCUGAUGGUCAACUCUC